GUUCAUGUCUAGUCAAUGUCAUUCUGUUCAAAAAAAUAGUAAAUUUUAAGUCAAACAAACUAACCUUGUUCAAGCUCAACUCAAAGGUGAUUCCAUUAGAAAUUUAUAAUAGGUUUUAUUAUAUGCUAUACUAGUGUGCUUUUACAUCUACACCUUUAUCCGGCAAAUCUUUAAGUAUUAUUUGCUCUCCAGAAACUCAAAAAUUAAAUGAAAAAAUACAAGAAGAACUUAGUCAAUUAGAUGAUGUACCUAUCUAUCACUUUCCUUAGAUUUUUAAUCGAGAGGAAGAUAGAAUGUAAUACUAAGUUUAAACUUUGUAGUUUUUGGAAAGUAAAUUUUAUUAAACUAUAGAGCCUAGAAUCUUAAAUGCUUGAAGCUAUUGCAAACUAUAAGAGACAAUCCUAUGAUCUCGUUCUACCCAUUAAUGAGUUUGUUUCAGAGUAGAAUUAUCAAGGAUUUUGGAUUCUCAAAAUAUUUGUAAUCUAUAUUCUUAACUUUUAAGACUAAAAAGUAUGUAGAACUUAAAAAUUAUGAUAAUUCCAAAGAACUUGUCUCUUUUUGUUUGAAACUAUUAAAUAGAAAUCUUCAUAUUAAUCAUGGUAUUCUUUAUUCAUAUUACAAUAGAUGAUAUUAUUCAAUAGCUUGAUGGAUGUAUUCGAAUUAAUCCUUAUUGUUUAUUUAAGAAAAAUACAAUCACAACAUCUAUUUCUAAUCUUCUUAACAACCUACUCUUUGAGCAUAAAAUCUCAAAUCACCUUUAAAUUUUCCAAACUCUUUUUAACGAUUUUGAAAAUAAAGAUCUUGACUCAUUAAAACGAUAUAACAAUUUAGAUUUUUAGUUAAAAUAUCUAAAAGAGAUAUUAAUAAAUAAAUUAUUAAGAAUUAACAAAUGA